AUGUCUGUCGGCAAGAACGUGCUGAUCGUCGGCCCGGGGUUUAUCGGGUGGAAUGUGCUCGAUCGACUGGUGGCGGAGAAGUACAAUGUGACGGGAUACGUGCGGCGGAGCGCGCAUGCACAGCAGAUCGAGCGCUCCGGCGCCAAAGCGGUGGUGGGCAGCCUGGACGACGCGGAGCUGAUCAAGACGCAGACGGCGGCGCACGACAUUGUCUUCCACACGGCCACGGCCGACCACCAGCCGUCGGCCGAGGCCGUGUGCGCGGGCGUGGCAGAGCGAGCGGCCCAGGGCAAGUCGACCAUCUACAUCCACACGUCGGGCACCAGCGUGCUGGACGACGGCGCCUGGGGCGAGUUCGAGGGCGACAAGAUCUACCGCGACGACCAGCGGGCCGAAAUCGACGCCGUGGCCGACGACGCGCCGCACCGGCCCAUCGAUCUGGCCGUGCUGGCCGCCCAACGCCGGAUCGGCGACAAGGCCAAAAUCGCCAUCAUGAUCCCCCCGCUCAUCUACGGCUACAAUCCCUCCCAUGGCCGGCUGUCCAUGCAGAUCCCGACCCUGACCCGGUUCGCGCUCAAGCACGGCUACGCAGGCCACCUCGGCAAAGGGCUGGCCGUCGAGUCGCAGAUCAACGUCGUCGACCUGGCUCGUGGCUAUGUCGUGCUGCUGCAUCAUAUGGAAUCCGCCCCGCCCACCGAGUUUCUCGAGAACCCGUACUUCUUCUGCGAAAACGGCCACGAUACCUCCUGGAAGACCGUGGCGGAAAUGAUCGGCUCCAACCUGUACAAGGCCGGCAAGAUCGCCGAUCCUACACCGAAGACGAUCCCGCCGGAGCUCUAUGGCGAUUUGUAUGGAGCGGAUUAUUCUGGCGCUGCCUUGGGCCUGAAUUCCCGCAGCCGCGCCAUCAGGCUGAGACAGCUGGGCUGGGAGCCCAGAGAGCGGAGCAUGCACGAGUCUUUUGAGCUGUUCGAGCUGCCUGAAAUCUUGAAGCAGGGUGUGUAG